AAUCGAAUUCAUCAAUUGCCAAGCUCAAGCCCGCAAAAUCUAGCGUUGUCGUUGAAUUUCUCGAACCUAGACGAAAGCUCGUCCAGGUGGAACCCGGCAGCCUGCCGACACAUUUCCCCCCACUGCACAACGUCAUCAGCUGGCGCGUCAGGAUCAAGCGCCACCGUGAACCCUAACCCAAAAUCCACGCGGCGGCCAACAGUUCCCGGGAAUUUAUCAGAAACUACCAUGGCCAUAGAGAAUUUCGUGGAAAUUCAAAUUCCGCAUCAGAAACACUACCAUGGAAGUUUUUUCCCAUUAGUUUUAUCGCCGUCUUCGGCUUCUUUCAGCAUUUCGUCCUUCACUCGAGCUAUAAAGGCUCAGAAACCAGUGAUCGAUUCCCUGAUUCUCAAGUCCGGAGCAGUACUCUUCAGAGGUUUUCCGGUAGAAGCGGCAUCCGACUUCAACGACGUCGUCGAGGCAUUUGGUUACGAGGAGUUUCCGUACGUCGGAGGUGCAGCUCCUCGAACUAAGGUCGUUGGUCGGGUUUUCACGGCCAACGAGUCACCGCCAGAUCAGAAGAUCCCUUUUCAUCACGAAUUGGCCCAGGUGCCGGAAUUCCCCGCCAAGCUGUUUUUCUAUUGUGAAGUAGAGGCUAGUAGUGGAGGAGAAACACCCAUUGUCCUCAGUCAUGUUGUUUAUGAGAGAGUGAGAGAGAAAUAUCCAGAGUUUGUUGAGAGGUUGGAGGAACAGGGCCUCAUUUAUACCCGCGUGUUGGGAGAAGGUGAUGAUCCAUCAUCUCCAAUUGGCCGUGGUUGGAAAUCUACAUUCUUGACGGACGAUAAGGGCAUCGCUGAAGAAAGGGCAGCUAAGUUGGGUAUGAAGUUGGAGUGGUUAAAAGAUGGAGUGAAAACAGUUAUGGGCCCAAUACCAGCCAUCAAGUAUGAUGAAGUACGGCAGCGUAAGAUUUGGUUUAACAGCAUGGUUGCAGCUUACACUGGCUGGGAAGACGCGAGAAAUGAUCCUGUAAAGGCAGUAACGUUUGGGGAUGGUACUCCGUUGCCAGCCGACAUCAUCUAUGGCUGCUUGAGAAUUCUGGAAGAGGAGUCUGUUGCCAUUCCUUGGCAGAAGGGUGAUAUUCUGCUGAUAGACAAUUGGGCUGUCCUUCACUCUCGUAGGCCAUUCCUCCCUCCUCGCCGUAUACUAGCUUCACUUUGCAGGUAAAUACAUCAGUCUUGAAACUUAGGGAAAGUCAUGUAGGUAGGACCAACACUAUGGCAAUUCUGAAGCAGAUGAUUGAUUUAUUGACAUCAAGUGAAAUCAAAUUAAUGUUGUUCUUCAGCUGUCUAUUUAUUGAAGGUGCUUAUGAUCUCUCGUUCUCUCCAAAUCCCUUCUCUCUCAUGUAAAGUAAAGAAUGUAAUCAAUGGAACUGUGUAGUGUUAAUAAUGUAAUUGCCUUUGGCUUUCUUCAGUUAAUUGUGUAGUGUUGUCAAUGUGAGGGGAUUUAUCUACA